GACAGAACAUAACGGCUCGUAAUCUCAGUGCUUAUUUCGCUUUCUUCAGUUAUUUGCAAGAGCAUCAUGAUGAUAAAUAUCCUUAAUCUGCUCUUCGCCGCGUUCGCAGUGGGGGCGGGAUACAAUAUUUCUCCUGUUCCGAAUGUCAUUUUCAAAAAACCCGGAAAUCGAUGGACUUCUUCGGAACAUAAACAAUCCUAUUUUGGACUAGCGGUGCACCUGAAGGAGAGUGCAUUGUAUGUAGGUGCACCUAAGGCUACAACGUUCAGUCGAAGAUAUAAUACGUUUAACGAUUCGGGAGUCGUGUAUGAGUGUGGGGUUCUAUCGAGCUCCUGUGAAGUGUACUCACAGCUCGAAGAUCGAAACUUUGUGGCUGAUGCGCUGAUGUCUGGACAAUAUUUUGGUGCAACACUAGAUGGAUUGACAGAAAAUGAUGCGUUAGUGGCAUGUACUCCCAGAUUAAUUGUGGGAAGUAAUCGUCAUGCGGCAACCGGCGCUUGUUAUACUACAGUUAAUGGGUCGAUCUAUAAUCAACAACAAGCAUUAAAAUACAGAAAAAAUACUAUGAUGGUUGAUUCAGCGAUGGAAGGAUUUGCAGUUCACGUUUUCAGGAAUCACAGAAAAGAGCUCGGUGGAAUUUUAACGGGAAUGCCGGGUUUCAAUUUCACUGGCUCAAUUUUUAUUUAUGAUGACAAUUUGGAAGAUGGAAUACUUUUGAACUCAUGGCAGUUGGAAGAAAAUGGGUAUUUUGGUUACAGCGUGGCAACGGUUCUUGUAGAGAACAAAACCAUCCAUGUGGUCGGUGCACCACGCUCAGGGAAGGUUUAUGUGUUUGAAGCGAAAAAAGUCCAUCGAAAAAUGGCUCAAAUGAGCGUGCACACAAUUCUUACCUCCGAUAAAUUUGGUGACUAUUACGGAUAUUCUUUGUGCACGGAAGAUAUUAACGGUGAUGGCUUGAUGGAUGUAAUGGUUGGAGUUCCGUUUUCAUCCAGAGACGGUGUAAGUGAGAACGGAGCUGUAUACGUGUAUAUUAACCAUGGGUUGAAUGCCCAAGGUAUGACUGCGCUGGAGCUACGCCAUAUUUUGAUGUCGGAAUAUCAAGGAAGUGGCCAAUUUGGAUACAGUAUUACUUCCGUGGGUGAUUUGAACCGCGAUAAUUACAACGAUAUUGCUGUGGGAUCUCCAUUCGAAGGAACCGGGGCCGUAUAUAUAUUUCAUGGAAGUGCAAGAGGAUUAGUGUCCAAACCUUCCCAAGUGUUGCGUUUCGUCAAUCAUAACACUGUACAGCCCAAUUUGCAGCCCAUGUUUGGUGCAUCAAUAUCAAAAGCUGCCGAUAUCGAUGGCAAUGGUUUUGGCGAUAUUGCAGUGGGAGCCCCAACCGCAGAAGUUGUUCAUCUAUUUCGCACUUACCCGCUCAUUAGACCAAACUUUAGGAUAACAUUUUCAAAAGAGUUUAUUUCGAUAGAAAAUGCAACGGUACAAUCCGAGUACGAAAGCGCCAUUGAAGAUGAAGUGUCCAUUGUAGUCUGUCAUUCAUAUGAAUAUGUUUACUAUCCCAAAGACCGUCAACAUUAUUGA